CAAGUUCACCUCUUUACAAACUGUCCAAAACCAAAAUCCCAAAUAAAUCUUGUCGCGCCAGUGGUCUUCUCGCAGACUCCGCCGCCGAACAAGCCGUUUGAAUUCCCCAACAAGACAAAGAUUCCAGUGUCCCAAUCACUACAAAAUGAGCGACCACAAGGUGGCAGCAGCACCGCCUGCACCUGAUCACCCGCCACCACCAUCUCACUCCGAAGACUACGCUCCGUACCCUAAGGUCGAUCUCAACGACGUCGCUCCGCCUCCCCACUCUGAAACUUGGACCUCCGUCUCCAUCGCCUCUGAAACGCCUCCGCUCCCGAAGUCGGAGGGCCCGCCGGUGCAGCCGCCUGUUCCGCCGCCGGUGGUUCACGCCGAGGCUCGCGCUCCGAUCCCCGGCAACGCCGCCACCUCCAUGCCGGCGGAGUCCAAUCCCUACGUCGCCACUCCUGCGCCGCCUCCCCCCUCCUCCGUCAAGAAAUCGAUGGAUUCAGUGAAAGAUGCUCUCGGAAAAUGGGGAAAGAAGGCUGCGGAGGCCACCAAGAAGGCCGAGGAUCUUGCUGGCAACAUGUGGCAACACUUGAAAACGGGACCCAGUUUUGCUGAUGCCGCUGUGACAAGAAUUGCUCAGAGCACAAAAGUACUUGCAGAAGGUGGUUAUGAGAAGAUCUUUCGACACAAUUUUGAGACUGUCCCAGAGGAGCAACUUCUAAAGACAUUUGCUUGCUACCUAUCCACAUCUGCUGGCCCAGUAAUGGGAAUUUUAUAUUUGUCAUCAGCUAAGCUUGCAUUUUGCAGUGACGAUCCCCUUUCAUACACAGUUGGUGACCGGACUGAAUGGAGCUAUUAUAAGGUGAUUAUUCCAUUACAUCAGCUGAAGGCAGUCAAUCCAUCAACGAGCAAAGUGAAAGCAGCUGAAAAGUACAUCCAGGUCGUCUCUGUUGACAACCAUGAGUUUUGGUUCAUGAGCUUUGUGCACUACGAUAGUGCUGUGAAACAUCUUCAAGAAGCGCUGCAGCCGCAUCCUCAUCCCCACAGCGUAUGAGUGUAAGCAAGAGGAAAUCAUGUAUGGAGAUGAAUUAUCCUUCGGAAUAUGGAAUCCAUGAGCUAUAAUGUGGAUGGUGUAUGUAUUUUUGUUCGGUUCGUGGAAUUGCUGUGCUAUAUUUCUUGUCGGAAACCACAGAUUGCAACUUUUCUUUUCCGUUGUAGCGAUUUAUGGUAUUUGGGACGUCGGAGGUUUAGUGGAGUCUAUAUUUGUUGUAAAUGACAUUUGUGAUUAUAUAAUCUUUUUUGAGUGAUA